GGCCCUUAACACUUCAUGGCACCAAGCAAAUUCAAGAAAGCUAUUGGGGCGGUCAAGGACCAGACCAGCAUAGGCCUAGCGAAAGUUGGUGGCAGCGCCUCUCUCGCUGACCUCGACGUUGCCAUUGUGAAGGCAACGAGGCACGAAGAAUACCCUGCCGAGGAGAAGUACAUUCGAGAAAUAUUGAGCUUAACAUGUUACUCUCGAGCCUACGUGGGAGCAUGUGUGAGCACCAUUUCUAGGCGUCUAACCAAGACCAAGAAUUGGAUUGUGGCACUCAAGACACUCAUGUUGAUCCAAAGGCUUCUCAUUGAUGGUGAUCCUUCCUAUGAGCAAGAAAUUUUCUUUGCCACGAGGCGUGGGACUCGCCUCCUCAACUUGUCCGAUUUUCGUGACACUUCGCGCUCAAAUUCAUGGGACUAUUCGGCAUUUGUGCGCACCUAUGCGUUGUAUCUUGAUGAACAACUCGAGUUCAAGAUGCAAGGCCGGAGAGGGAAGCGUAGUGCAUUUGGAUAUGACGAUGACGAGGAGGAGGCAGCCCCUGCCCCUACCUCUGGCCCUGCCUCGGUGAGAGCCACACCGGUGCGUGACAUGAAGAGUGAGCACGUAUUUACAAGAGUUCAACAUUUAAUGCAACUCCUCGAGCGAUUUUUAGCGUGUCGGCCAACAGGUGCAGCAAAGACCAACAGGGUUGUGCUUGUGGCUCUCUACCCAGUUGUCAAAGAAAGUUUUCAACUACAAUAUGACAUAACUGAAAUACUAGGCAUCUUAAUUGAUCGGUUCAUGGAGCUAGACUUAUCCGAUUGUGUGAAGGUUUAUGAGAUCUUCUGUCGUGUCGCGAAACAAUUAGACGAACUUGAUGCAUUCUAUGACUGGUGCAAGUAUGUUGGGAUCGCGCGUUCUUCAGAGUAUCCUGAGGUGGAGAAGAUCACAAAUAAGAAAUUGGAAGUCAUGGAUGAGUUUAUUCAUGAUAAGUCCGCGUCAGGACAAAUCAAGAAGGCCAAGCCAUUAGAACUUGAAGAUGAGCCAGUGGAAGAAGCCAUAGAACCUGAAGCAAUCGAAGAGGGGAUGAAUGAAAUCAAAGCAUUACCACCCCCUGAAGGGUUUCCAGAAGAAGUAGAGGAGGAAAAUGAAAAGAUGGAAGUCGAGGAAAAGAAAGAAAAGGACAAUGUUACCCAAAAAGAAGGGGAUUUAUUGAACUUAGGUGAAGAUUCAAGGACAACAGAAGAAAAUGCAGAUAAAUUGGCCUUGGCAUUAUUUGAUGGUGCCCCAGCAGCAACUGGUCCUUCAACCACACUUGCCUGGGAGGCUUUCAAUGAGUCAGGGGACUGGGAGACAACACUGGUCCAAUCUGCGAGCCACUUGUCCGGCCAGCAAGCAUCUUUGCCGGGUGGUUUUGACAUGCUGCUGCUUGAUGGGAUGUACCAACAAGGGGCAACAACAGCAGCAGUGGCAUCCUCAGGGGUCACACCGACAGGAAGUGCAAGCAGUGUCGCGCUCGGGUCAGCAGGAAGGCCUGCAAUGUUGUCUCUGCCUGCACCCCCUGCAUCGGAUGGCAAUGCUGCCACGACAACAAAUUCUGACCCUUUUGCAGCCUCCCUUGCAGUGGCACCACCGUCAUACGUGCAGAUGUCAGAAAUAGAGAAGAAGCAGAGGUUGCUAGUGGAGGAGCAGCUAAUGUGGCAGCAAUAUGCAAGAGAUGGGAUGCAAGGACAGCUUGGAAUAUCUAAGCUGCAGCAAAAUCCCUAUCCUUAUAAUAUGGGAGGUUAUACACACACGCGUUGAAGCUUUGGCUAAUUAGGUAUAUGUGAAUGGUCUGUCUGUGUCCUUGGGUGUCAUAAGUAUAACAUGCCCUACAAUUGAGAGAGCUGUGAAGGGUUUUUUUUUGGGUCAUUCGGAUUAUAAGGCAUGAUGUGUAUAGAGAAACUUUGGUAGGGGAAUUGUGCAAGUCUACCUAGGCCAUUAUAGAGGUCUUUGUAAUCAAUAGUGAUGAAAAAUACUCUUGUAAUGUUUUACAAAACUCAUUUUUUAUUUUAUUUUUUCUUAAUUUCUUCAUUCUGUCAAUUAAUUUUCUCAUUGGUAUUUAAAUAUUUGAAGCUAAGGUGACACACUACAUGGAGGAAAAAUCAAAUCUAUAUUUACUUACAGGGAUAAAAAAAUUAAAAAGGAAAAAAGAAAAAGGAAAAAGAAUAAGAGAAGUAAGAGAGAUCCAUGGACCUUUGAAAUAGUAAUUCUGUUGUCAUUCUUUGAAAUACAAAAAUAAAAAAGAUAAUAACUAACUCUUAUUUACAUUUUUAUAAUAAUUACUCAUCUCAUUUUUCAUUAUCAAUAUUGUUUACCUUUA